GUCAAUUCCGUCAGCUGCGACUUCACAUUUAAGGACAUGUAUUGGGCCUUAUUGCGUCAGAAUUUAUCCUUGACAGGUACAUUACAUUAGAAUUGGAAAAAAGAAAAAAGAUAUUUUGAUGAAUAAAUUGGAAGAUUUAGCGUUAGCAUCCAUAUCCAGCUGUUUUGCCUCCGAAUGAUUAAUAGAUCUACCUUCUUUGAACAAUGCUCUACCUUCAUAGAAAGGACAUAUAUAUAAGGACAAUUAUUUGAAUUUGUUUCCUCCAUCAUCUGCAAAAAAAAUCUCCAGCAAAUCUCUGCCCAUUAAUCAUUACUUAGAUGGAGACAUGACGGUAUUCAUUGCACAACUGCAGACCCUUGUGCGAUAAGAGCUGGUAACAAUUGGCCAAGGGAAAGCCUGGAGCAGCAAGCAAGCGAGCAAACACCAAGCAUGAAGGCCUUUGCACUCCUGUCCACCCUCCUUUUACUGCUCCCCUUUUCCAUUGCCUCCUUGGAAGAAACAUGCAGGAAUGUAACAGGAAGUGAGGAGAGCUACAACUUGUGUGUCACAUCCCUUCAAGUUGUUCCCGGCAGCCGGACGGCCGACACCAAAGGCCUUGCAGUCAUUGCAACACAACUACUGGAGGCCAACUACACCCAGAACUUGGACAAGGCAAAGGAGCUGCUCAAGGGUAAAAGCUUGACCCCUUCGAUCACAAAAGCACUGGGAGUUUGCUCAAACGUCUACGAGUCCGCAUCUAAAAGGCUGCAGAUAGGUAUCAACAAGCUCAAGUCUGGAAACAUUGCUGAGGCUGUGGAAGAUAUGCGUGCAGUCGCUGGUGCCCCAAAUGAUUGUGAGUCUGCUUUCCAUGAUGUUAAUGAGAAAUCGCUGCUGAGCAAAGAAAAUGUUGAUGCCUUUACGCUGGGAAAUGUUGCUUUUGCAAUUGUUGCUUUGCUUCAAAAAUAAUCACUCUUAGAUUCUUUCAGAAGAUGUUCUAAUACAAUUGGGAUGAUGUUUGGAUGGAGUUUUAACGUCAAUAAAAAAAAAAUAUUUUCUUUGUCACGGUUAUCUCUUCUUGACCUUGUGAGAGUGGUAUUAGUUAUUCCAUUAGAAAGAUUUUAAAUUUUUUAGAGAAAAUUUGUAUUAACAUGCAGGGAUACGUGUUUGGAUUGGAAUCUAACUCACUAACUCAUGUUUAGAGCACUGUAUCAGUUUUAGAUAAUUGAUCAUGAGUUUUUUGUUUUUUGUUUUUUUUUUUAAUUGUUUUUUGAUUCAGAAGUCAAAGGAAAUCAUAAAUUUUGAGGAAAGAAUUCCUUGCCGUAUGAACGCAGCAAAAAUUUCCAUUCCAAUCCCUUCAAUCACGCAUUCCCUCCUACCAGUUACUACUUGAUUAUUUUUGGAUCCAGUCUUGCGUAUUGGUAUGGAAAACUACAUUUGACUUGGGUUUAGUUCGGGUCUUACAUGUGAUAAUCCGGCCCAAUUGGGCCCAAAACCAGCCCACAAAGCCCACCAAAAAAAAAAAAAAA